UGUAGGGAGAGUUGGGGUGUUGCUGAUGUUUAUAUAACCCCCUCUUCUUCCCAUUCCUACAUCUAUUCCUUCUUCUACAUCCCUACUUACUCAGUUUGGCUCCUCAAGAGCUGAUCCUGAAGAAGCCUGCUCAUGGUCAAGCUGUCUGACUCAAGGAUCUGCUUAAUCUUCUGGGCAGGAGCAGUACAGAGUUCAGCUUUUUCUGGUUUUGACAUUUUGAAGAAUUCUUGUUGGUCUAGCUGGGCGAUACAUUUUGCGUACUGGUCGGAAGCUAGCAUGAACUGGAGGAAUGGGUCAGGAGUAGGGGUUUGGCGGUGGGCGUUGGAGUCCAUUUUUAGGAAUUUUAUAUAAUAUGGAUC